AUGAGCAAAUAUAACAACGACUUAACGCAGAGGGAGCAGGAGCUACUAAAGAUCCGCCGCGACAGCGACACAAAGGCGGCCGAGCUCAGCAAAAUGGAGAAGAUGCUGGAACAAACCAAGAGCCUUUUGGACAAGAAGAGCGAGUCUGGAGCAGAGAGCAAGGACCUCGAGGAGAACAUGGAGGACCUGGAGGAGAGGGUCCGCUCCAGCCGCAGACACCGGAGGAGCUCUCUGCAUCACACACAGAUGCUGGAGAGCCAGAUGAAGACGGUGAAGGGGGAGCUGGUGGGCACCCUGGACCACCUGCAGGAGCUGAGGAGUGUCCUGAAGCGAUCCCAGCAGAAAGCAGAGGAGAGGAAAGCCGCCAUGGAAAAGCUGGCGGCUGGGCUCAGGUGA